CCUCAAUCCAAUAAAUACGGCUGAACUUCCCCUCCAAAAGUUCUAUUCAAAUGAUUGUGAAAUCUUCACAGGACCUAGGCCUCCAAAGUCACAUGUGGAAGAGGGCCCCGUCAGGACUAUCCCCCUCCAGGUGACCCCAUUGUCUCCUCUUCUCCUGAAUGACCCCCAAGGAUGGACAAGGACAGGAAUGAGAUGACUAAGAGAAUAUUCCACCUCACCUUGGAGAUCCUCCACCUGCUGACCGGAGAGGAUUACACCAUAGUGAAGAAGACAUCGGGGGAGUGUGUGGCCCCCAGCAGCCAUCUCCAGGAGUCAGGAGGACGGAGCAGGGCCCGGGGCCCCAUCAUGGAGCCUCCACCUCACUCACCGAUACAUGAUCAGAAGAUACUAGAACUUAUCCACAGGAUCACUGAACUGUUGACUAGAGAGGUUCCUAUAAGGUGUCAGGACGUGGCGGUCUAUUUCUCCAUGGAGGAGUGGGAGUAUGUAGAAGGACACAAGGAUCAGUACAAGGAUCAGGUCAUGAUGGGGGAUCAGCAGCGCCUCACAUCACCAGAUGGAGUCAUGUAUAGAAAUCCACCCGAGAGGUGUCCCCGUCCUCUGUAUUCCCAGGACUGUCCAGAGGGAAAUGUCCCAGAUAACCAUCAGACACUUCUUCUCCUGAAUGACCCCCCAAGGAUGGACAAGGACAGGAAUGAGAUGACUAAGAGAAUAUUCCACCUCACCUUGGAGAUCCUCCACCUGCUGACCGGAGAGGAUUACACCAUAGUGAAGAAGACAUCGGGGGAGUGUGUGGUCCCCAGAAGCCAUCUACAGGAGUCAGGAGGACGGAGCAGGACCCGGGGCCCCAUCAAAGAACCUCCACCUCACUCACCAAUACAUGAUCAGAACAUCCUAGAACUUAUCCACAGGAUCACUGAACUGCUGACUAGAGAGGUUCCUAUAAGGUGUCAGGACGUGGCGGUCUAUUUCUCCAUGGAGGAGUGGGAGUAUGUAGAAGGACACAAGGAUCAGUACAAGGAUCAGCAGCCCCUCACAUCACCAGCAAAUCCCAAGAAUUCUGAGGGAAACUUCAUGUUAUCGCUGAAUAAUAAAGUGGAAGAUGAAGAUAUGAUGGAGCGCUCCUCAGGAGACGACCUCCUCACUCCUAAUGUCCAUCCAGAUCUAUCCUAUAAUAAUCCUCCUGAUCAUGGGGAACCUUCUCCCGACCAAUCACAGGUUGUUACCACAAGGACAGACAGAAAAAAUGGUAAAAGUUUCUAUUGUGAGGAAUGUGGAAAAGAUUUUACAAAAAGAUCGUCUCUUGUUGCUCACAGGAAAAGUCACACAAGAAAGAAGCUCUGUGUGUGUUCAGUAUGUGGGAAAUGUUUUAUAACGCAAUCACAGCUUGUCAUACAUGAGAGAAGUCACACAGGAGAGAAGCCAUAUUCAUGUUCAGAAUGUGAGAAAUGUUUUUCCUAUAAAUCAGAAUUUAUUACACAUGAGAGAAUGCACACAGGACAAAAGCCAUAUUCAUGUUCAGAAUGUGGGAAAUGCUUUACAGCUAAAGCAAAUCUUGUUAUACAUGAGAGAAAUCACACAGGAGAAAAGCCCUAUUCAUGUUCAGAAUGUGGGAAAUGCUUUACAGCUAAAGCAAAUCUUGUUAUGCAUGAGAAAAUUCACACAGGAGAAAAACCCUAUUCUUGUUCAGAAUGUGAGAAAUGUUUCAUGAGUAAAUCACGUCUUGUUAAACAUGAGCUAUGUCACACCGGAGAGAAGCCCUAUUCAUGUUCAGAAUGUGAGAAAUGUUUCAUGUAUAAAUCACUUCUUGUUAGACACGAGAGAACUCACACAGGAGAGAAGCCAUAUACAUGUUUAGAGUGCGGGAAAUGUUUUCCAAAAAAAUAUAAUCUUCUUAUGCAUGAGAAAAGUCACACAGGAGAGAAGCCAUAUUCAUGUCCAGAAUGUGGGAAAGGCUUUAUAAAUAAGAUAGAUCUUGUUAUGCAUGAGAGAAUUCACACAGGAGAGAAGCCAUAUUCAUGUUCAGAAUGUGGGAAAGGCUUUAUAAAUAAGAAAUAUCUUGUUAUACAUGAGAGAAUUCACACAGGAGAGAAGCCAUAUUCAUGUUCAGAAUGUGGGAAAGGCUUUAUAAAUAAGAGAUAUCUUGUUAUGCAUGAGAGAAUUCACACAGGAGAGAAGCCAUAUUCAUGUCCAGAAUGUGGGAAAGGCUUUAUAAAUAAGAGAGAUCUUGUUAUUCAUGAGAGAAUUCACACAGGAGAGAAGCCAUAUUCGUGUACAGAAUGCGGGAAAUGCUUUAUAAAUAAGAAUCAUCUUGUUAUGCAUGUAAAAAUUCACAUAGGAAAGAAGUCAUAUUCAUGUAUUGAAUGUGGGAAAUGUUUAACAAGUAAAGCAAAUCUUAUUGCACAUGAGAGAAUUCACACAGGAGAGAAGGCGUAUUCAUGUUCAGAAUGUGGGAAAUGCUUUCCAUGUAAGUCAAGUCUUGUUAUACAUGUGAGAAGUCACACAGGAGAGAAGCCAUAUUCAUGUUCAGAAUGUGGAAAAUGUUUUAAAACUAAAUCCAAUUUUAAUAGACAUGAGCAAAUUCACACAGGAGAGAAGCCAUAUUCAUGUUUAGAAUGUGGGGAAUGUUUUAUAAAGCGACCGCAACUUGUUAUACAUGUGAGAACUCACAGAGGGGAGAAGCAGUAUUCAUGUUCAGAAUGUGGGAAAUGUUUUACAACUAGUUCACAUCUUAAUAGACACGAGCGGAUUCACAUAAGAGAGAAGCCAUAUUAAUGUUCAGAAUGUGGAAAAAGCUUUACGCAUAAAUCAAAUCGUUACAUAUUAGUGAAGUCACACAGGAGAAAAGCCUUUUUCAUGUUUAGAAUGUGGGAAAUGUUCUAUAAAUAAACCACACAUUUCUGGACAGGAGAGAAUUCACACAGGAGAAUGACAGGCAAAAUAAUAAAUCGAAAAUAUAAUAUGGACAACUCGGGUAACAUAGCAAAUGUUAAUGUUCUGUUUUGAUUAACCCCUUAAGGACACAGACAACUUUUUUUUCCACAUACAGACCCAUAUGAAGCUUGUUUUUGUAUGCACUUUAUGGUCACUAGGGUAUAUAUGAUUAAAAUGUUACCCAUAUUUACACGCUUUUUUAUUAUUUUAUUACUUUCUAAAAAACAAACUUUAAAAAAAAUCAGUUUAAGAUUGCCCUACUCUGACCUUCUAGAGCAAAUUUUUCCAUAUACGCAGCUGUAUGAAGAUCAUUUUUGCGCCGUGAUCUGUAGUUUUUACCGAUGCCAUUUUUGUUUUAAUGGAUCUUUUUGAUUGUUUUUUUUUUAUCAUUUUUAUCUUACAUGUUGAUAUGGAUUUUAUCAGAUAGCCUAGUAAAUAUCCUACUCCCGUCCGAAUCCAUUUAUAUUCUUUGAUCAGAUCAAGUGCAUGCACCUUAA